CUUGUGGUGGGCUGUGGGAACUCGGAGCUGAGUGAGCAGAUGUACGACGUGGGAAUGUGCGAGGACAUCGUGAACAUUGACAUCAGCGACGCGGUGAUCCGUCAGAUGCAGGAGCGUAGCGGGAGCCAGAGGCCGAAGAUGAGCUACCUGCUGAUGGACAUGCUUCACAUGGACUUCCCUGAUGCCCACUUCCAGGUGGUCCUGGACAAAGGCACACUGGAUGCCCUCCUCACCAAUGAAGAGGAAGCCACUCUAGCCAAGGUGGACCAGAUGUUUGCCGAGAUCAGCCGGGUCCUGCAGGUGGGAGGACGCUACCUCUGUGUCUCCUUGGCUCAGGCCCACGUGCUGAAGAAAGCAGUGGAAUACUUCUCCAAGGAAGGCUGGGUCGUGCGUGUCCAUCAGGUGGCUGGCAGCGGGGACAAGCAGCAGUUUGUCCUACCAGUCUUUGUCUAUGUCAUGACAAAGUUCAGGAAGAUCUCUGGCUUGGCACCACAGAUCCUGGAGAUCUGCCCCGAGGAGCAGGACAAGCCGCUGCGGAUGGAGAGUGCAGAGCAGCUGGUGACAGCAGUGAAGGACAGGCAGCAUUAUGCCCUGCUCUGCAGCCAGCUAAGCAAAACCCCCUGCAGGGAACAGGUUUCCCUGGAUCUGUGUGACAAAGAGAGUGGGAAGCCUCGCUACACACUGCAUGUGAUCGACAGCCCCUCAGUGAAACCUUCCCGGGACAAUCACUUUGCCAUCUUCAUCAUCCCACAGGGCAGAGAAACCGAGUGGCUCUUUGGGACAGAGGAAGGGCGGAGGCAGCUGGCGGCCAGCGCAGGCUUCGGGCGCCUGGUCACUGUGGCCCUGCACAGGGAGCAGCACUACGAGGGCAUGGCUGGGAUCCAGGCGGAGCUGUCGGGGAAGGUGAUGGAGCUGGCCCCGCUGGGCCUCCCUGCCCGCCAGCAGGUGCCGUUCCUGUCUGCGGGAGGGGACAUCGGGGUGCGGACGGUGCGGCACUGUGACACCAGCGCCCUGAGCGGGGAGUAUGUCGUGGAGGAUGUGAAGGGAGAUGGCACCUGCUACUUCCGUCGUCUCAUCUUCCUCUGCAACAGGAAUGUGGUGCAGUCAGAGGUUCGGCUCCUGCCCCCCACACCUUUCCCAGGCCAGAAGAAACGGAGGAAGGACAAGAAGAAACCCAGCACUGAGCCACCUGCAGCCAUCGACAAGAGCUACCUGUGCUGUGAGCACCACAAGGCCAUGGUUGCAGGGCUCUGCCUGCUGGGGGGCCCCGACCCCCUCCCAGUGCUGGUGGUGGGGCUUGGUGGGGGCAGCCUGCCCCUUUUCAUCCAUGACUACUUCUCUCAGGCCCAUGUGUCUGUGGUGGAGAUUGACCCCUCCAUGCUAGAGGUGGCCACGCGCUGGUUCGGCUUCUCCCAAGGUGACCGGAUGCAAGUGCAUAUCUCUGAUGGCCUGGACUAUGUGGCCAAGCUGGCGGCUGAAGCCCCAGCCCAGUACGAUGCCAUCAUGUUCGAUGUGGACAGCAAAGACCUCACAUUGGGGAUGAGCUGCCCACCCCCAGCCUUUGUGGAAAAGCCCUUUCUGCAGAAAGUUAAAACCAUCCUCAAGCCAGAAGGAGUCUUCGUGCUCAACUUGGUGUGCCGUGACACGCGGCUGAAGGAGUCUGUCCUGGCUACCCUCAGGGACGUCUUCCCCCUGCUCUACGCACGCCGCAUCGAAGGGGAGGUCAACGAGACGGGCCGGCGGGACCCUGCAGAGCUGGGGGCGCGUGCCCGGGCGCUGGAGGGGGCACUGCGCCAGCCUGGGCACCCCUGGGACAGCUCGUACGUGCUGGCAGACAUGCUGCAGGCCGUCAAGAUCCUCUGA